GAUUCUCCAACAUCAUCAAUUUGACUGUACCCUCUCAUUCAAGCCUAGGCACUUUCUGGUUGCGAAUCCCUUCACACCCAAUCUCUCAGACAAAUACGCAGCCAUGUCUACAAACAGCGUACAGUGCUUCGGCAAGAAGAAGACGGCUACCGCCGUCGCCCACUGCAAGGCCGGCUCCGGUCUCAUCAAGGUCAACGGCCGACCUCUAUCUCUGGUCCAGCCUGAGGUUCUGCGAUUCAAGGUCUACGAGCCCCUCCUAAUCAUCGGACUCGACAAGUUCGCCCAGGUCGACAUCCGAGUGCGCGUUACCGGUGGUGGUCAAACCUCUCAGGUUUACGCCGUCCGUCAAUCCAUCGCCAAGGCCCUCAUCGCCUACUACCAGAAGUUCGUCGACGAGCACUCCAAGAACAUGCUCAAGCAGGCGCUCGUCCAGUACGACCGUACCCUCCUCGUUGCCGACAACCGUCGGUGCGAGCCCAAGAAGUUCGGCGGUCCAGGUGCCCGCGCCCGCUACCAAAAAUCCUACCGUUAAGAGAUUCCGCUUCUUGCUGGAGUUUGGGGAUGGUGUGUGCCUGUACUUAUGGAAGGCCGGGAAAUCGCGGUGGGAGGGAGGAAAAGAAAACGAGCCGACCACGGGAACAGCUGGCGCUUCGUUUUUCUUUCCGUUGCCUGGCUUUCUCCUUUUUGCGCAGCGAAAUCGGGAAACCGGGUUAAUGGCGGUUGGUCGGAAACCUCUGGAGUCUUGAGAAAAAGGGAAAUCCUUUUGCGAGGGCUAUCUCUACUAGUACUGCUAGGAUGCCUUCAAACUCUCUAUUAUCAAUGCAUUUGCAUGGCCUGGUUGUAAAGGGAUUAGGCGAACGAAAUGAUAAAUUCUUCUAAAA